AUGGAGGAAUUAAACGUGGUUGAAUAUCUCAUAGACCGAUGUAGACACAGAAACGUUACUGCGGUGGUGGACAGUUUGGUGAAGGUGACUAGAGUCGGUUUCUUCCAAGGAGGGUCAAGGGGUAAUUCUGGUCAAGGUGGCAGCGGCAGUGUGAUAGUAGAAUAUGAUGAAGACAGGAAGGAGAUGACCUCUGUGUGGGCAGCAGCCACAGCUCUGGGAAAACAUCACAUCACCAACAAUGUAGCGGUUUUUGUGGGUCUACAGAGGAUGUUGGCGCACGCGUGGGAAAAGAAAUGGACCAAAUUGCACGUGGUUGGAGAUAGUGCUCUGGUGCUGGGCAUGAUGUCCCAGCGGAGAAGACCGAAAGCCACCACGUUGUUACACUGGUUUCAAAUCACACGCCGACUGGCUGAUCUGUGCGAAGUAGUGAGUUGGACUCAUCAUUGCCGGAGGCACAAUAAGGCGGCAGGUUGGUUAGCAAAUUUGGCAAUAGAUCGGGGACAAAGUUACAUGACGUCUACUGAAGAGGGAAAGUUAGCAGCUCCGAUUGCGGUGGGACUGGAACAGCUCCUAAAUGGUGAUUUCAGUCGUUGGUUAAAUCGGCAGCGUACUGGGGAAGGAUAA